AUGUUGCGUCGUUCGUUCAGCCAGCUGCUUCCGAUCGCGGGGACCUGCGUGCCGUCGAAUCUGCAUUCAUCAACCGAUAUCGCGUUCUUUUUCCCACGUUUUCAGCCCGCAACGCACGUCAUGGCGAUGGGGAUCCCCGAGAUCGAGGACGCCGUUCGUGCGCUGCAGCCCGACCACGCCACAAUCACCGUCAGCCUCCCUCGCCUCGGGCGUGCAAAACGGGGAGAAGCGCAACGCUGCUCGCGAUGGACGACGGCCGCCGUGCAGCCCGGGAUGUCAAACAACGGAUCCUCGCAACUCGCAGAGCGGUUGCGGGAUCGUGAAAAAGGGCUGGAGCUGCUGGAGCGUGGGAUUGAUAUCUUAGAAAACCUUGGCGGUCUUCACGCCCCUGCCGCGGCGAUCCCGCAGGCCCUCCGCCCGCUCUACGCCGUUCGCUUUGAGCUUCUCCACGGCACCGAACACCUUCCCCGGCCGGCCUACGCGAGGCGGAUGCACGUGCAAAAGACGAUUCUCCGACAAUCCGCACGGCUGCUGUUUUACAACGCCACGUGGGAUCGUGAGGAUCUUCACCAGCUCGAUACGACGUGUGUGAUUCUCGCGCACUUUAUUAAGGCGUUCUGUGCGCUUCAUCCGAGGCCGUUUAACACCCCUCCGCCCGCUUCUCCUGGGGGUGGCGGCACCGGGAAACGGGUGAAAUCGAGCGUGCGCGAUUGGCAGCUUCCCGUGGGGGAUGCCGAGCACCCCGAGGUGGUCUUGACGUUGCCGAUGGUGAUGAAAUGCCUGGAGGAGUGCCUGGUUCUCGCCACCGAGGCGUCGAGGCAUCACGGCGAGGAAGCCCCCGAUUUGCGUUGGUUGCCGCCGAAACUUCUCGUUCUCAAGGCGCUGUUGAACAUCCCGUUGACGGGAAACCUCUUCUUCUCCUCGCAGGAUCUCGACCGGGCGCUGGAGUUGGUGGAUGCGAUGACGAGCCGGUCGAAUCCCAUCCUUUACGGGCUUAAGGAGCGGGAGCAGGAGCCCGAAACGGGGCUUUUUCUCCUCCUCCGCGCGGAGCUCAAGGCGCGGAUGUUUGAUUGGACCCUCCCCGCCGGCGAGGUGGAUGGGGCCCUCCUUCGGGGCUUCGAGCAGGCCGCCAAGUUCUUCUCGACGCCGUUUGAAUCUGCGCUUGACGUGGAUGGGAUCCUCUCCGCCGCGCGCGUGCACGAGCGGUGGUUUGAAACCCAAGCCUACGCGACCUGCCUCACGAGCGGGGCGGUUUUUCUGCUCAACGCACCACGGCCGCCCUCUCAGAGCCCGCGGGAGGCCGCCGUUUUUCUCCCUAAACAAACCUUCGAUAUGAACCCGUUAUGGGGGGUGCGGUCGUCCUCGGAGGUGAUCUUCGCGGAUGUGGAGGAUCGGAUCGCGUUUCCGAUCGAGCAAUGCCGCCGCCGCACCGGGGAGGCCUUCGAUCGCGCGCUGCAGGUGAAUCGGAUGGUUUUUUCGGAGCACAAGAUGAACCCCCAGGCGGCGUGGAUCUUGCUCGGAAUGGCCUGCAUGUACGCCGAUACGCGGGAUUACCUCUACGCCACCGGGCUCUUUGAAACGGCGGGGAAGUGCGUGGAGGAGAACUACGGGGCGACGUCGAUGGAGAUGGUGUUGGUGCAGAAGUUGCGGUAUGAAUUCCUCGCCGGGGUGGGGUCGGAGCAGGAGGCGAAGACGGCCUCACAUGGGGUGAUUCGCCUGCUGAAGGAGAUGGAUUCGCUUUCUUUUUAG